AUGGAGCCCCGGUCGCGCUGUACAUUCGAGUGUACGUACACCUCGCAGAAGACGAAGAAGAACAAGUCAUGGAAGGAUGGAGUCUGCACCUGCGAUGUCAUGAAGGGCUUCCUCCGUGUCCUGCUCUAUGCGGCGGAAGAAGAGACGACACGGAGCGGAGAAACGCGGCUACGGCGAAAGGGAGAUCCUAUCGAUUCUCACCAACUUCCUCUGCAGCCGUUUGAAGAACUCGUCGACGAAGAGAUCGAACUGCCACUGCACCUGCUGCAGCUGACACGAAUCCUCCCUUCGUCCUCGACACACCAAGAUCUGCCUGCAUCGUGUCGAGCCUCGGGCGGGUUCAGAGCUUCGAGGCCGUCUUCCUUCGCUUCUUUCUCUUCUUCAUCUUCCUCCUCAGCCGCCUUCUCCGCGCCCCCCUUCGCGAGCCGCACGCGGUCGUCGGCGCCCCAAGAAACACUCACCGGAGACGCCAACGCGCAGGAGCCUCUGCGUCCGCGGUUUCGCGGCCGCGGAGGUCUCUUCAGCGUUCGCGCGCGUCUGGCAUCCGAGCGCACUUCGCCGUCCCCGGGUCUCUCGUCUUCUUCUAUCGCCUCUUCAUCGCCUGCUGUGUCACUCCCUUCGUCCUUCGCAGGAGGUGCGUGUUUCAGUCCUGCUUCCGCAGGCAAUGCCAGAAACGGUCGCAGCGAAGAUUUCUCAACUCGAGACUCCGCCCCGUCCGUCCUCUCUGCUGCAGACGCGUUUGCGCAUCCGCGCCAGCCGCCGGGGUGCGCAUACACGCCGGAGCUUCUCGGUGAGGAGAACGGGCCUCGGGUCGACGGCAAGCGAAGGCCGUUUCUGAUUCCUUUUGCGUCUCGCGGGCGAGAUGCGCCGCCGCCUUUCGAGGCAGUGCCUCCUCUUCGGGAGCAUCCCGACUCACUCGCGGCGCGGCUAGAGGCGUCGGAGUUCUCCAUUUCGCAAGCCUGUCGCCCCUACGAAUGCCUUCCGGCUGAGCAUCUGGAUGCCUCGCAGCUCACGCGCUGUCUGUCCCAAGAGGCGGCUGCAGAGAAACAGAACGCCUUUCACGCCGCCGGUUCCUCCUCCCUCUGCACCACGGAUGACGCGCUUCAGUCGUCCCACUUUCUUCUUCCUCACGUCGUCAAGGCUGGGACGGGGCUUGCGCGUGAAGGGGCUAGCCCAUGCGGGCGCGGUCGCAGCCAAGAGGGAGGCCGAGGGCAACCGGAGGCGAGCGCAUUCAGCGGGAGCCGAGAAGACAACGCAGCGGCGCCGAAUGGGCGCGGGCCGCGAACAGCCGAAGACGUGCGAGACGACGCGUGCGAGCGCUUAAGCGCGGGAAGAGACGCGGGAAGAGGCGCAGGCGCCGCACCUGAAAGCGGGCGCGGAGGCGGCGCGGCGAGCGCGCCGCUGUCGGAGCGCGAGGAACUGCUAGCCAACGUCCUGAAAAGCGUCGCGGCAGAGACAGCCGCGGACGCAAUCCUCCGCGAGCAGAUGCCGUGGCGGCGCGCGCUUCCCUCUGGCUCUGCAUUCUCUCCUCUCGCAUUCGCAGCUUCCUGUUUGGAUGCUUCGCCUGACGGGGGCGGCGUGCCACGCGAUGGGGGUGGUGCUGGUCACGAGGGAGAGUCGAGAGGAACCUCGGGGCGGAUGGACGGCCUCGAGGGCCUUCAGGACGCUCUUCUCUUUCGAGCGCUCUUCACCGCCCACGACGCCGCGCCGUCGCCCGAAGGGGGAGAGGAGACGCGGAGUCGCCAAUCAAUCACACUCGAAGCCGCGGUGCGAGAGAGAGAAAAAGAGGAUUCUGAGAAGACGGCGCCGGGAAGCAGAGGGAACCAACCUGUGAAGGACCUCCCAGCCCCUUCGGCGAUACCGUCCCUGCUUUUGGCUGCGAACGCGCUGAACAAAAUGUCCGCAAACUCAUCUUCCGUGCCGCCCUCCUCGAUCGUCUCGGCUUCCCGCUCUUCCUCCCUCGCGCCUGUCGCUCGCGUGUCAUCGUCUGUAUCGUCGCGGCCCUUGUUUUCUUCAUCGUCGUCUGCCUCCUCCGCGGUUGCUGCCUCUUCGCCUCUUGUUAGCCCUGCCCUCGCAUGCGGCCUCUCUGCCGAGGACGAUCUGCUCGACCUUCUCGACGCGCCUGCGCACUUCCCCGGCUGCGAGGAAGCGCGUGUAGACGCAGAGACACCUGCCGGCAACCUGCCGAAGCCUCGUGACGCGAAGGCGCUCGUCGCUCGGCGCGCGCCGUUCUUUCCGCGGCGCAACGCCCCAGCCUACCUCGUGCCUUAUCGAUAUUCGUCCUACACGCGAGGGGCUCUCCCGCAGCUCUGCGGAAACCCGCCAGCUGCGUCGACUGCAAGUGUGCCUCGCACAACCGACUCGCAGGACGCAACUGACGCCGCGUUACCUGACGCGCCUCCGCCGCGCGUUCAGAGACCCAGUCUCCAGAGGCUAUUCGCCAAGCGUUCUGAGGCCUCUCAAAGCCCGUCGCGGCGCGUUGUAGGGGUGAGCGGUGAUAGAUCUGUGUCGUCUUCCUCCGCCGCGCCUCCGCCUGCCUCUGCUCUGCGCCAGCCGAAGACAAGUCUGGGCCCCCUGCCGCCGAGCGAGCCCGACGAGAGGCUUCCUGCUUUCCUCCCCAUCCCGCGCUUUCCAGCUCCGCGGGCGGGUGCCUCGCAGCUACUUUCACUCCUGCCUCUGCGCUUCGCAGUGCCGCGCGACCCAGAGAAAGUCUCGGCGGCCGUCGUUCGCCAGUGCAUGCGCGCCGCGGCCUUUUCCUCCGCAUCUCCCUCUUCUGCGGCUGCAUCCUCUGUCGCAAGUCCCGCCCCGGAGGCGCGUCCAGCCGACCGCAGCCAGCGCCUGGAGACUUACUGUCUGCGCCUGUUCAACUCAGUCGCUCUGCAGGUCCACGGCGCACUCGUCGAACUGGCUGCCGCGCUCGCGCCUCGCCUCUACCCGCAGGGCGGGGCGCCUUCUGCACGCUCCUCCGCCGCGCCGCUGCCGGCCUCGAGCCCGGUGCUACUGGCGUCGGGACUUUGCAUCCAGAGUUCUUCAGCCUCUUUCAUCGACCGCGCAGCUGCGCGCACCGCUGAGCGUCUUAAACAGCGCAAAGGACUCCUAAGGCAGAAACGCAAGCUCUGGGCGGCGAGGGCUAGAGCCAGACAGAAAAGGCGGCGCUUGACGGAGAGCCAGGGCGAGGAAGAAGACGAUCAUGAAGAGGAGGAAGACGAAGACGCAUACGUGGAGGGCGAGUACGAGGAAGACGAGGUGGCAGACGAGGCGAAAACGCGGUACUUUCUCGACUUUUCAAAGUGCACGGUUCAAGCGCUGUCUGCUGACUCAGCGAAGAGCGCCGCCGCGGCGGGUUCGAAGCCGCCUCUUGUGGCCGCGUCCCCCCUGCAAGACUCACUCAAACUUCUUCAGAAGUCAGUGUCUCGAGGCGACAUAUGGGCGCUGACUGUGGACGACGGUUGGGACAGCCCCUCGCGCGUGCUGCUUUUCCGGUCGUGUUGGAAGGGCCUUCACCCGCGCUCAGCGACAGUCGAGGUUGAGCUUCUUCGUCUCUCCUCUGCGUCAACGCCGUCUCGCGAGGCGAUCUCAGGAUGCCUCCUGCAUCCUGAGAUCGCAGCGUGCCUGUCGCCGCGGUGGGUGACGCAGUCGAGAGCGCAAAACCGCGAACGAGGCACCGACAGACCGCCGCUCUCGGGGCUCCUCCUUGGCAAUUUUGCAAACGAAUUCGCCGCUAUCGACGGCAUUGAGCGCCUCUGGAAGAUCACUGUCGUCGCCCUCCCCAUUCGCCUGGAGACUUUCUUUCUCGCGUCUUGGCAUCUGCGGCCUAAGCUUCUGCGCGCCCUCUCGCCUCUGUGUCGUGCUCCGUUCUCUCUGCAGGCUGCGCGGAAGGAGGCGCAGGCCGCGCGCCCGCAGGCGGAGGUCGCCGCCUCCUGCAGCCUUUCGUCUGCUUCGGCCUCAGCGCUGGCAGACACGGCGCUCUCUUGCCUCUCACGGGCAGUCCUCGCUGUGCCGGAGCCCGCGUCAAAUGCGGUAGGCGACGCCUGCGCAGAAGAGACGGAAAACGCCGAGGAAGAAGCCUAUCAUCCGCUUUUUGAGCCGAUCUCUUUGAGUAUCCCCUGCCGCGAGGCGGAGGCGAUUCUGCGCGAGGCGAUCGCGCCGCAUGCGAGGCGGCGACACAAGCUGAACGUGGAGCAGCAGGCGGUGCUGCUCGCCGUCAGCCGCUGGUUUGCCUACGCGGACGGGCGGAGCCCUUUUCAGUCUCUUCUGCAGCGGAGGAAACUGAAGCGGAAGGCGAGCCGCGCGAAGAACGAUAGACGUGAGCGGCGGCGGCGCGGCCGCAACGCGGAGCUCAAUGCAGGAAAGCGAAGCCACGGCGACGCCAGCGCAGAUCCUGGAGACGGUGCCGCGGAGGCGGACGUGCACGGCGAGAGGGCUCACAGACGCGCGCGCGACAGGGGAAGCGGCGCGGCGGCCGCGGGCUUCACGGCGCCGCGGUCGUGUGCGGCUGCAUCCAGCGUCACAGACUGCAGCUGGGAUGCCUUCUCGUCCUCUCCCGAACAGGUUCAAGCGCCAAAAGACGCGAGCCUAGAGACCGACGUGGGCGACCGCGCGGCCGCGUCAGAGUCUCUGAAACACUCGGGAGCCGCAGCGACAGUGGCAGGAAGGCACCAGGAGACGGCGGCGGCUGAGUCGACGAGCGCCGACUUCUGCGUCAGCGGGCACCCGCUGUCUUCGCCUCGCCUCUGUUCGUCGGCUUCCAGUUCGUCCACUGACUCGUCUUUUGCGCCCUCCGCGAGCGCCUCGCGGAGUUCUUCGCAGGAGCGUCGCUCGCUGGCGCCUUCUGAGGACGAACAGAAAGCGGUGGCUGGCGGCGAGGGAAGCGAAGGCGCAGCGCGCCGCGGACGCUGCGGGUUGGGGGGAUCAACAUCUCCGAAGGAGACUCGAGGCGAACAAAACCCGACACAACGUGCAGGCGAGGACGGCGACGAGGCCGCCAAGAGACGGCAGAAAGACGCGAAGAAGAAGGCGAAGCGGGCGUCUUCCGAAGCGACAGGGGAGAGGGGCGACACGGCCGAAGAGCGGGACGUCGAAACGGCUCUCAAGCUGCUCAAGUGCGACGGAAGGAGGAAGAACGCGCCGCCGUUUCUGCUCGUUCACGGGGUCUUCGGAGCCGGCAAGAGCUCGCUUCUUGCGGCAGCGCUCGUCACCCUUUCCAGACUUCUCGAAGCUGCGAAGAACAGGAGCAACGUUUUGCUCGUCUGCGCGACCAACACUGCCCUCGACUCGGUCCUCCUCAAACUCCGCUUCGGGUGCCAGUUCACCGACUUUGCGCGCGUCGGGCGCCUUUCAGAGAUCCAUCCCCUCCUUCUGCCGCAUGCCGUGUCCAGCACCAAAGACCGCGGAUUGGCGAUUCAGGAGUGGAGGCGGCUUCUCCACAAGCUCGCCGCCCGCGACGAUGGCAGACACGUCGCGCAGAACGGUGCGGCUCACCCGACGUCUUCCGCUACCUCCGCCGCGGCCGUCUCCUCAGCACGUCGGUCUUCGGCGGCUGCGGCAGGCGAUGGGCUGUCCUCCUUCGCCGCGCCCCUCCUGCCGCCCUCCGCGAGGGACGCGCCCGAGGUCGACGCCCAGCGACCGCGAGCGGAGACAGAGGGCGGCGAGGAUGGUGACGGCACCGCGACGCCGUCGCUGCACACGAUAGCCGCCGACCUGCUCAAACGCAUCGAAGAAGGCACAUUCCCGCCUCCCAUGACGCAGUGGAAACGGUGUCGCAUCUUCGCCGCAACCUGCAGCACGGCGGCGUGCUCGGAUAUUUUUUCCGCCUCGUCGUCGUCCUCGUCGUCGGCGUUUUCGGUGGCGGGCGCUCUCUCGGUGCCGUUCGUCUUCCUCGAUGAAGCGACGCAGACGCCGGAGGCUCUGCUCGUCGCACUCCUCUCGCGCUUUUCCGCGAUCCGCUGCCUCCAGCUGGGGGACUCGAAGCAACUGCCCCCCGUAGUCAAAGUCGCCGGCGCGCCUCUCAGCGGCUCGCUGUUUGCGCGGCUCUUGCCGCGGCUUCUUCACUGCGAACGCGCCGAGGCGCGCAGGCGACGCCUCGCAGCGGGCGACAGGCUGCAGCAGCGGGCAGAGGCUGCCUCCCACGCGAGCCCAGACGCGUCGCUUGCGCUGCCGCGCUGCGCCGGGGUCGCGGCGCGCCCUCUCGAGGAGGCGAGACCCCGUCAGCGAUUCUGCAGCGCGGUUCUGUUUCUGCGGACCCAGUAUCGCUGUCACCCGGUCAUCGGCCGCCUAUGCAGCCGCUUGUUCUACGGCGAGCACUACCUCAAAAACGGCGUUGAACACGCCGAACGCCUUCCGCCCUCGCCCUCCUCCCUGGGAGGGCCUCUGUGCUGCAUCAGCGUGCGCGACAGCCGCGAGACGCGCGACGGAAAGAGCUUUGUCAACUGGCGGGAGGCGUCAGUCAUCGCCACGGUCGUCCGCACGGUCCUGGAGUGCUCAUUCCUCAUCGAGGCUCGCAAACGGUCGCGAAACGACGCUGAGACGCCCGCAGACACGCCGCCUGCCUCCGCGUCUGCGCCGUCGCCCGCGCUCGCUGCGGCGGUCGGCGCGUCCUCUGCCGCCUCUGCGACUUCGAUAGCAUCUGCCGCGGGCUCCUCUGGCGCCUCCUCCGCGAUCUGCCCUGCCUCGGCUUCGCGUUUCGCCUUCGCGAAGCGUCCGCUGCGGCCUGCGGAGGUCGGCGUCAUUUGCCUUUACCGCAGCCAAGUCGCCUGCAUCGAGCGCGCGCUGCGGCGCGUCCUGCCUGCGGCGGCGCUGAAGGAUCUUCAGGUCUCCACCGUCGACGCCUUCCAGGGCGCCGAGCGCGAAAUGAUUCUCCUCUCCUGCGUGCGGACGACGGCGGCGGGCUCUCAGCCCUGCGGAGGCUGGACAGAGCCCGAUAGAGGCCAGGCGACUACGCCCGGCGGCGCGGGCGCGCCGCCGAAGCCCGAGGGCCCCCGCGGGCGCGAGGGGAGACCCGCGAGAGGCGAGGGCGACGGGACGGCGAGCUGCGAGGGCGGGGAGAAGGCGGAGGACCCGGAGGCGCUGCUUCGGCUGUCAGACGACGACCAGGAGGCGGACGAGCGGCGAACCUUCGAUACGGGCAAGGACUUCAUCAACUGCCCCAAACGCAUGAACGUCGCGUUCAGUCGCGCGAAGCGGCAAGUCGUCGUCGUGGGCCACGAAACGCUCUUCCAAGGCCAUCCAGCCUGGAGAGAGCUGUGGAAAGCCAGCUGCAAGGUCUUCCUGUGA